GGGCUCUCAUGUGAGGAGGCACAUUGGAGCAUUGGAUAAGAAUCUUAUCUCCCCAUUGAAUUGGCAUGUGUCCCAUCUGUAGGUAGAAAUUCAGAAAUCUCCACUCUCAACCUCUCCACGUACAUGCGGUGCUGCUUGUGGGGAUGAGGAUUGAGGACUAGGAGUGGAAGCCCUCUCAUGGAAGAGAGAGAGAGAGGCGGUUAGGCGCGAGGAGGGGACCUUUCAAGUGACGGGAAGCUGUGACAGUCCCAACCCACGCUUGGUGGCAAACUUGUAGGCACUAAGCAGAAGCACCAUCGACUGAUCGAUCAAUUGAUCCCUUGAGAGAGAGAGAGAGAAAUCAGCAAUGGAAGGAGCGGAAUCAGAACCAACUCGGAUAAUGGUUGCGGUGAACGAGUCGUCAAUCAAAGGGUACCCAUUUCCAUCUAUUAGCAGUCGCUACGCAUUCGACUGGACUCUCCAGAAGAUCGUCCGCUCAAACAUCUCUGGCUUCAAGCUCUUAUUCCUCCACGUUCAAGUCCCUGACGAGGAUGUCAAAUGCGCUCCAUGUGAGUAGAAGAGUUCAGCUGUGUUUUGGAUGACAUCUGGCAUUGAUUUUCUUGGUGUGAAAGGUGGGGAAGAACACCGGAAACUAGGUAACAGUUUGUUCUUCCUUGGUAUGGAAGCUUAGUGAAUUGCUUGAUCUCAAGAUUGGAACAAAAAGCACCAUUGGCUUCAUGUAUUGUCAUGAUCCCUUUAUGUGCCUGUUUUCAUCAGGUUUGCAAGAGCUAGACUGACAUGUAUCAUCUACAACUCCAUACAACAAGUUUUGGCUGUCAACUUGGUUGCAGUAAUUCUAAACAAUCUGCUCCGAUCCUAGUGCUCCUCCCAACCACAAUCCUCAACUAUGGUUCUCUUAUUUUAUCAAAUCUCUCUUUAGUCACACUGGUUUUACAGUCUGUAGUUGUGUUCUCUUUGUACAAUGAACUUAGAUGUCAUUAUUGCUAAUUUUAUUAAUAUAAUUCCAUUAUGAAUAGUUUUAUUUUUAAAAAUUUCAAUAAAUUGCAAUGCCUUAUUAUUGUUUAUUUUCACCCAUCUAUGAGCUUGUUCCAAACUUGCACAACUAAAUGAUAAUUUUAAGAGAACUACUAAUUAAUAUUAUAUUGAUUAUGUCUGUGCUGGGAUUUGUUGACAUGGACAGUGUUUAUGCAUCUUCUGAAGAUUUUCGUGAUAUGAAACAGAGAGACAAGAUUAAAGGGCUUCACUUGUUGGAAUACUUUGUCGGGAGGUGUUAUGAAAUUGGGGUUCCUUGUGAAGCAGGCGAUCCCAAGGAACAGAUUUGCUAUGAGGUGAAGCGAGUAAGGCCUGAUCUUCUGGUUUUAGGGGAAGUCGUGGGCUUGGCCCUUUUCAAAGGGUGCCCUGUGGUUACAAUUAAACGCAAGGCGGAUGAGACCCCGUUGGACCCUGUUGAUGAUUGAAAGUUCCUAUCUGUUCUCAAAUUUGUAAUGUUUGGAGACAAUAUUACAUGUCACUUGACAAACACAACCAUACAUUUUUUGAAAUGAAAAACAGAAUAGAGCUUUUGAUGGAAAAA